AUACUCUAUUAUGCAGAAUAGCACACAAAGUUGACUAUUGUUGUUGCAUUGGGCCACUACGGGCUCCUCAAAGCGCCCCCCCCUAGUGGCCAGUCCGGGAACAGGCGCUGUUGAGUCAUGCUUAUCUUUCCCAACCUUUAUUGAGCCCAGACACAUUAUUUCACGGAAAAUCAAUCUCAUGUCACAAAAUGUGGAUAGACCGGUUCGUUACGUACGUUGCGCAGUCAAGUGGGAUUUAAUUGAACAAAGAUACGUCAUCGGGUCCACUUGCACAAUUUCAAUGAGCUCCAGCUCACCCGCCACUCAAGUAGUGACAAGAUAUACUGGCUCGAGAAUGGACAGAUGGAAUGUUGGCACUGCAUGACACAUCUUUCUUCUUUUUUCCCCUCUCAUAAAGCGAAGUGUUAGAUGGUGUCAGAAUGGGGAACAGCAGCAGCGACAGAGCCAGCGGGAGUCAGGGUGAAAGAGGGAAGGAGGCGCGUCCCAACAUCCUCAUGGACAGCACAGAGGACGCAGACAUUUUCCAGAGGGAAGAUGCAAAGUCGCCACAGGAGGAACAGGAGUUUCUGGCCUGGCAGCAGGACCUGGAGAGCGACAGCAAAUGUUCGACCCUUGCCAGGCCGACGGUGUUCCGCUGGGCUGGGAGCGCCAAAGAAGUCUUUGUGUCUGGCUCCUUUAACAACUGGACCGCCAAGAUUCCUCUCAACAAAAGUAAGAACAACUUUGUGGCAAUCAUGGAUCUGCCUGAGGGAGAACACCAGUACAAGUUUUGUGUCGACGGGCAAUGGACUUUAGAUCCGACAGGGGCUGUGAUCACGACCAAAACGGGGACUGUGAAUAACGUUAUCCAGGUAAAGACGACCGACUUUGAAGUCUUUGAUGCCCUCCGAAUCGACUCCCAAGAUUCUGCAGACAUCUCAGACUUGUCCAGUUCCCCUCCCGGUCCCUACCAGCAGGAAGCAUAUGUCGUCAAGUCAGAAGACAAGCUCAAACAUCCUCCUAUCUUACCUCCACACUUGCUCCAAGUGCUGCUCAACAAAGACACAGGAAUCUCCUGUGACCCAACCCUGCUUCCUGAGCCCAACCAUGUGAUGCUCAAUCACCUAUACGCCCUCUCCAUCAAGGAUGGGGUAAUGGUUCUGAGUGCAACACACAGAUACACAAAGAAGUAUGUGACUACUCUUCUGUACAAGCCAGUAUAGUUUACUUGAACUCAUUCUCGUGGCGACGUCGUGGUUGCUGGAACUCCUCUUCAAUGCCCAUCUGAUGUUGUUUUAAAUUCACAAUUUGAAUUAUGAUCACAUUGUGUUUGCGUUGAUUACAACCUGCUGUUGAUGUAGGUUUGUUGUGACUGUCGUGGAGAGUUUCAUCCCAAUUUCACUUGAUUCCAAUUCGUUGAAGCGACGUGUGACCGGCAGAUUACGCUGCCUGGUGAGACAUUCAAUUACAUUCCCUUUCGGUGUGUUAAAAUCUGCGUGUAAUUGUGUGAGAACUUUUGUCCAAAACUUUCUUCUCAGUGAACCAAAUUUAGUCCGAGUUGCCUUGAGUCCCAAACCAAAGUUCUAAAAUUGUAGUGCCUCAUGAGGCCAAGCAGCAAACAGGCGAAUGGAGACCCAUAGUUAUGUUUAAAUGUAAUCUUUUCUAAAAAAAUAUUUUAAUUCAUUUUGUGUGUGAUAAAUAAAUGUGCAUUGUAAUAUAAAAAAAAUAAUAAUAAUAAAUGUGUGGCCGAA